AUGAAUGAAGUUAUUUCAAACUCGUUCAAUACUAAUGGUACUGUGACGCCAGCUGACCCAGGAGAAGAAAAUUUAUCAUCAGCUUCAUUUGUUUUUCAACAAGCUGUAAACGAUGAUCAACAAGAAAAAACACCUCAUUAUCAACUAAAAGCACCACUAUGUGUAUCGCAACGAUAUGAAGAGGAAUUUUUUGAUCAUUUUCAUAUGAAUUAUUUUGGUAAACUUGAACGUGAAGGUUUAUUUUUAGCUUCUGUUCGAUCUAUUCAAAUAGAACCAUAUGAAAUACGUCGACAACUAUCAUCUUGUUAUUCAGUAACAAAGGAUGACAAAAAUAAACAUUUAGUUCAAGCCAUUAUUCGGUAAGUUGGAUUAUCUUUUUUCUGAAAAAAAUUCUUAUUAAAAAAAAAGACUUCAAUUCGAUCAAUAUAGAAAAAAUUUCAUGAAAAUUACUUUUAAGAAUAUUUAAGUAGUUAAAUAAUAUUCUAUUUCGAAGGUUUUAUUUAAAUUAUUUUAUUUUAUUAAAGUACACAGGAGAACAAUUAUGAUGUAUCAGGAAUAAUCAGUGUCACAAAUGAAGUCAAUAUUUUACAAUUUCUAUUAGACAAAACUGAACUAUCAUCUAUUUGUCAGGUUGAGCUUGUUCACGAUAUCAAAGUAGGAAAAUUAAUAAACAUAAAUAUACUAACAUACUUCGCUGAAGUAUUGAACGUUUUUUAACGUAAAAAGGAAAAUUCUUCUCCUUUUUUUUGAAAAUAUAAUUUGAAUUACUUCUUAUAAAUAAAUUCAAAAUAAAUAAUAAUUCAAUAGUCGCAUUAAUUAAAGAUUUUAUAAGUCCGUUUUUUAUAUAAACGAUGAAAAAUUUUCUGAUAAGAAAACUUCUAUAUUUCUGAUGCUUUUACAUUGCUUUGUUAUUUGUAAAAGUAAUGUAGAAUGACAAUAAGUAUAAUGGGUAUCAGUGCUAUAGAAGGAACAAAUAUCAACUUUUUGUUUUCAUUUUUGUGUACUCAAAAAGUUCAUACCAGAGGUCCAACCAGGCCACUAAGCCUGCCUGCCUGCCUGGGCCUGC